AUGUCAAAAUCCAAAGUAGGAGAGGAUGUUUAUAAGAAAGUAGAAAAAGUGAAUGCCGAACUAUUCGUAUUAACCUAUGGCUCCAUCGUCGCUCAGUUGUGUCGAGACAUGAGCUAUGAACAUGUAAAUGAGGAAUUAGAAAAAAUGGGGUAUAACAUUGGAAUUCGGCUCAUUGAAGAUUUCUUGGCUAGAACUGAAUGGCAGCGUUGUGUAGACUUUCGGGAGACUGCCGAAACGGUAGCCAAGGUGGGCUUUAAAAUGUUCUUGAACGUAACGCCCGUUGUAACAGACUGGUCGGAAGAGGACAAGACAUUCACGCUCACUCUUGAUGACAAUCCAUUGGGAGAAUUUGUAGAAUUGCCAGUCGAAGCUCGCUCGAAGUUAUGGUACUCCAACAUCUUGUGUGGAGUUAUUCGUGGUACUCUUGAAAUGGUUCAAAUGGAUGUUGACGCUUAUUUCGUUCAUGACAUUUUACGGGGAGAUGAGCACACGAAUCUGAAGGUUCAUCUGAAACAGAUUCUGAAGGAAGAAAUUCCUGCUGGAGAUGAUUAA